AUGGCACAUUUGCUUGAAGGAACUACACUGAAACUUCAAGACGGAACAGAAGUCAAAGCCGAAAAUUAUUUGGAGGGAAAAGUUGUUGGAUUAUACUUCUCAGCAAGUUGGUGCCCACCAUGCCGUGCAUUUACACCAAAAUUGAAGAGAUUCUACGAGCAAAUCAAGAAAGAGCAUCCAGAAUUUGAAGUUGUUUUUGUUUCGCGCGAUCGCGAAGACGAUGCUCUUGUCGAAUAUUUCAAUGAUCAUAUGGGAGAAUGGACUUAUAUUCCAUUUGGAAAUGAAAAAAUUCAGUGAGUUUUUUGAGAAUUGAAAUUUGAAACUUUUCACAUUUUCACUAGUAUAGUAUUUUUUUUUCAAAUAAAAAAAUCAAAACAAAAAUUAUCGUUUCCAGAGAACUUUUGGCCAAAUACGAGGUCAAAACAAUUCCAUCAAUGCGAAUCGUAAAACCAGACGGAACUGUUGUUGUUAAAGACGCUCGAACUGAAAUUCAAGAAAAAGGAAUCGACGCACCAAAUGAUCUCUGGGAAGAAUGGCUUGCAUUCUACGAUUAA